AUGGCACAAUUCCACAUGUCAAUGGUUAGCAUAAAUUUGCAUGUAUUUAAAGGCGAAUUCAAAUAUUUAGAAGACUUUAUAUCUCAAGCAGAAUUGCUGCAUGAUUUGCUACAAGAGCAAGAUAAAGAAUUAUUCAUUAAGUACAUCUAUAAUUUCAAGUUAUCAGCCCAAGUAAGGAGUAUUUUAGGUCGUUCAAACAAGCCAACGACAUUUGUACAAUUAAAAAAGGCACUGGAAGAUGCUUAUCCAAACCCAAGAACGCUACAACAGCUAUUAACUGAAUUAGGAACAACUAAGCAAGGACAUUUAACAAUGACUUCAUUUAGGGAAAAGAUAUCUGAACUUUGUGAUGAGUUGAAUCGUUUUGAAAUAGGGAAUUUAAAGAACCCGUCUCAAGAAACAAAGGAUGCGAUAUACAAAGUUAAUCCAAUUUUAUUGGCUAAUAUGCCUUCAAGCUUAAAUGAGGCGACCCAAAGAUGUAUUACAGCUGAGAGAAGUUUAGGUCUGGACACGAAGGAUGUAUUCUUUGUAAAUAGAACAAAUAGAUCAAAUGAACAAAGUAAACCUUAUAGAAAAAGUUAUAUAUACAAUUAUAACGAUUACAAUAACUCGUACAGAAACAAUUACAAUACACGAUACAAUAUCGGUAAUCGAUGCAGUGAUAAUUAUGGAAAUCCAGGUGACCGAAAAAAACUCAGCAAUGGUCACAGCAAUAAUCGCAAUAACUAUCAAGGAAACAACAAUAAGAAUGCAGAAUAUAAAAAUAUACAGGGCAAUGUGAAAUACAAUAAUGGUAAAAAUGGCAGAAUCAAGCAUACGGAAGUCAGAAAUUAUAAGGCUUUUCCAUGUAUAUGUCAACAGGGAAACUCAGACGGCCGGAUGAUGGAAGAAUUCAUCCAGGAGGCCCAAAAUUAA